GCUCAAUCAUUCAAGCACAUGAAUAUUUUUAAUAACGGAAACGCACAAAUGUAUCCUGGAAUGAAUCAACAUUAUUCGAAUGGAGGAAGUUCUGGUGGAGGAGGACCUAAACGUUUUCGAGGGGGAGGCGGUGGUGGAGGGCAUGAUGGCGUUGAUAUGUACCAUGAAGCUUUGGCUGCUGGCAAAUUUGAAUUACGUAUGCUUAUUCCGAGCCGUUCUGCUGGGGCAGUUAUCGGUCGUGGUGGAGAAUAUAUCAAAUCUUUACGUGCGAAGUACGAUGCCAACAUCAAUGUCCCAGAUAGGAGCACCCCCGAGCGUGUGCUGACAAUCAUUUGCCAUCAGGAUAGUAUUGAACAAUGCGUUUUGGAGAUUUUGAAUAAACUUUCUGAGGGAGAGAAGGCUAGUCGUGGAGAAGUUGAUGUUAAAGUUUUGGUUCAUCAGUCACAUGCAGGUGCAAUUAUUGGUCGGGGUGGCAGUAAAAUUAAAGAACUUCGUGAACAGACUCAAUGUCGCUUUAAAGUGUUCCAAGAAUGUUGUCCAAUGUCUAGUGAUCGUGUUUGCUUGAUCACUGGUGAUUCUGCCAAAUUACCUGCUGCUGUUAAAAUCCUCAUAGAUUUUGUCAAGGAUAUUCCAUUCAAAGGACCACAUGUACCAUACGAUUCAGCUGCUUAUAAUCCGCAAUUGUGUCACGCUUAUGGCGGUUUUGAGGGCGGUAACAUGGGAGCCCCAGCUCCUCCUAUGCCACCUCCACAUUUUGACUUUCCUCAUCACGGACCACCACAGCCAGGAGUUGGCUAUGCAGGAUUUGGACCAGGCCCAGGUGGUCCUCCAACGCAUACUCCAGGCGGGCCGCCGUUGAUGGGACCUCCUGGUCCCUAUCCUGGAGGUCCAGGAGGCGACCAAAUAACUACAACACAGGUCACAAUUCCAAGCAAACUUAGCGGCACAAUUAUUGGGAAACGUGGGGAAUGUAUCAAUCGUAUUCGAAACGAUUCUGGAGCUCGAAUUGAGAUUGAUACCCAAACUGAUCCAUUUGGUACAGAUGAGCGCAUCAUUACUAUAACCGGCACAACGCAUCAAAUUCAUAUGGCGCAGUUUUUGCUUCAGCAGAGCGUUCGUUCCUCAGAGUCAGGCCGUCGUUACUUGACUGAGAGACAGUGA